AGUCCAUUUCCACAUACUGCUUAUUUAUGAUAUCUGAGGAGGGAACCGGCAGGAGCCACAUUUCUGUGGAGGAACAUUAAAAUCGGCGUCCGCCGGGCUCGACCGAGGCGUCUGAUAUGGAGUUAUCACACGUCCCACUGUGGCUGAGGAGAGGUUCAAAGCAGGCGUGAGCGCUCCGUGUGCUGCUGAACUGUUUUUGAUGUGGCAUCAACUUUGACAAACACCCGGGACUUCAAUCCAAACGCGCUCAGCGCUUCGAACUAUCUGAAUAUCAGGGGGCAGUGAGUGGGAGCCCACAUCCGCUCAGCAGCGCUGCUCUUUUCCUGACUGGAUCUUUCCCAAUGUGCUACUGAGCCCCGAACUUCCCAUGGAUCCAAACAUCCAGGGAUCUUUCCUCUUCAACAACGGCCUGAACCAAUUCCCCUCGGAGCUCAAGGCGCCCGUGUGCCAGUACUCGGUGCCCAACUCCUUCUACAAGCUCAACGCGGGCCUGAACAGCCAGCUGCAGGCGGGGACGCCCCACGGCAUCAGCGACAUCCUGAGUCGCUCCAUGGUGGGGAUGGGCUCCACGGGCACCACCACGCUGCUGUCCGGAUACUCCGCCAUGGGGGGGUUCAGCCCCUCCGUCACCAGCACGUCCGUGUACUACAACCGGGACUACAACUCCUCGCUGGGCGGCUUCUCCAAGUCCGGCGCCGAGUGCCCCAUGAAGGCUCGCAGCGUGAGCUGCUGGGCGGAGAGCGGCUGCGACUGGAGAGGAGGGAGGCAGCAGUGCACCAACAGCAGUGGACCUCAUGGGGAGAUGCCCGGCAGGAAGAAACACACCAGACCCACGUUCAGUGGACAUCAGAUAUUUGCCCUGGAGAAAACCUUCGAGCAGACCAAGUACCUGGCCGGGCCCGAGCGGGCGCGGCUGGCGUACUCGCUGGGCAUGAGCGAGUCCCAGGUCAAGGUGUGGUUUCAGAACAGACGCACCAAGUGGAGGAAGAAGAGCGCGUCGGAGCCGAGCUCCACGCAGACGAGCCACGGCGGCCAGGGCGGCGAGGCCUCGGACAACGAGGUGGAGGACGAGGAGUACAACAAGCCCCUGGACCCCGACUCCGACGACGACAAGAUCCGGCUGCUGCUGCGCAAACACCGCAGGGCUUUCUCCGUCCUGCGCCUCGGGCCGCACCACGUCUGACGCGCCCCCCGGAUGCGAACGCGGCGCCCACGCGCAUCAUCACUCACACGCACACGCUUCAGCGCAGGCCUGCAUGAUGUUACACCUACAAGGGUUGAUCGGUGAGCGGCGAGCAUGUUGGGAAGACGUCGGUCACGUGGUUUCACGAAUAAAUAAGCUAAAAACGUCGACUGUCAAUUGUUUACUUUUAUAAGACACAAUCUGAGGCCUGUGUGAAAUUCUGCUUAUUCAUCACAUCAUUUUGUCAGACCAUAAGAAACAGCCUGCCAGUAUCAGUCACAUUAAUAAAAAGAUAAGAGUUGAA